AUGUCCAAAUAUGCUCCUACAAGUACCAAAAAGUCAAGAUCUCAAAGUGCCAAACCUGCGGCAAAAAGCAAAAGAAAGCGCUCGUCCAAGAAGAGGUCUGUCAGUGCCAAAUCCACAAAGACAGAUGUGGAUAUUCUGAGUCCAGCUGCCAUGGAGAUCUACUACAUCUCCCAUAAUGCAGUGGACUGCUUGGAGUUCAGAGGAUUUGGCUGGACUGGAGCCACCAAGAAGAAAGGAAAAAAGGGCAAAAAACGAACAAGCAAAAAAUGA